AUGAGCGGCUUCAACGGCACAUCCACAUCGAGCAACAGCAUCCUCUCGGAGCGUCAAAAGGAUGAGUUGCACAAGUCCAUCCUCGACUACUUCAAGACCAACAAUCUUCAUGAAUCGUUCGCCACGCUGAUGCGCGAGGCCAACCAAGAAGGGUUCGUUCCUGAUCCGCGAGCCAAAUACGCCGGUCUACUCGAAAAGAAAUGGACCUCGGUCAUUAGACUGCAGAAGAAGAUCAUGGAGAUGGAAUCACGCAUAUCUCAACUGCAAGAAGAACUGUCUGCAGCGCCAUCGGCAAAGCGUUCUGCUUCGCUCAACGAUUGGCUUCCCGCCGCUUCCUCGGCGAGGCAUACUAUGCAAGGCCAUCGACUGCCAGUGACAAAAGUUUCGUUCCAUCCCGUGUUCAGUCAGAUUGCCUCUGCUUCAGAAGAUACGACGGUCAAGCUGUGGGAUUGGGAAACGGGUGACUUUGAGCGAACCCUCAAGGGUCAUACCAAAGCAGUACAGGACGUGGAUUUCGACAGCAAAGGCAACUACGUCCUCUCCUGCUCUUCUGACCUCUCGAUCAAAGUAUGGGAUGCGAACAACGAUUACAAAAAUAUCAAGACCUUGCAAGGGCACGAUCACAGCGUCAGCUCAGUUCGAUUUUUACCGGGAGACGACUACAUUGUUUCGGCUAGCAGAGACAAGACGAUCAAGAUUUGGGAGUUUUCCACGGGCUUUUGCACGAAAACCCUGCAGGGGCACGCGGAAUGGGUCAGGUCGGCAAUACCCAGCGACGAUGCAAAGUGGUUGGUAAGCUGUUCGACGGACCAAACCGCCAGGGUAUGGGAUGUGUCGAGCGGAGAGACAAAAGUGGAAUUGAGAGGUCACGAACACGUGGUAGAAGUGGCGAUCUUUGCACCAGUUGCAUCGUACGCUGCUAUCCGCCAACUUGCAAGUCUCGACCCAAACGCUUCCAAGGACGCUUCAGCAUCGAUGGCAGGACAGUUUGUGGCAACAGGAUCAAGAGACAAAACCAUCCGGAUAUGGGAUUCCAUUUCGGGACAAUGCUUGAAGACACUUACGGGGCACGAUAAUUGGGUUCGAGGGCUCGCGUUCUCACCGAACGGCAAAAGUCUCUUGUCGGUGUCGGACGAUAAAACGAUGCGAUUAUGGGAUCUGCAAUCAGGCAGAUGUACGAGGACUAUCGAAGCGCAUCAACAUUUCGCGACGGGUAUUGCUUGGGGAAAAGCGAAAAUUGAAGCUCCCAUUCCCCCAGCCCAGGAUGGCGAGGAAGCAGGGAGGAAACAGCCAGAAGCCAGAACAGUGAAUGUCGUAGCUACCAGUAGCGUCGAUCUGACCAUCAAGAUCUGGACGCCCUAG